AUGGAUAAUUCUAUUAUUGAUACAAGUAUUGGUCGUAUAUUUUCAAUUAAUAAUGAUAAUGCAAGUCAUAUUACUUCCAAUGAAGCUGGUCAUAUUGACUUAACUAAUGGAAAAAAUCAUAUGAAUGAUAAUAUGGUUUUUAAAAGUUAUCAUUCAACAAGAAAAAUUAAGUGUUUUUGCACUUGUUAAUUUCUCAAUGUAAAAACAAAAGUUUUUUUUUUUUUUUACCAAUUUUUAAUACUUGUAAACUGUUUUGUUCUUAAAUAAAUUCAUUGGAUAAUCAUAAUACUUGAUCUACAAAUAUCAAUCAAAUAAUCUGUUCCAUAGAGUAGAAUUUGAAAUGGAUAGGUAUUACUCAGUGCAUCUAUAUGGGCAAAACAGGACAUACCCCUUUCAUUUGACUUUGAUUUUUGACACAAGUGUUUUUUUCUGAAUAAGUUUUUUUAGUAUAGACAUAUGUAAAAAUGUUGGCUCUUUCAGAUGCUACUUAAUUAAAAUUAAUUAAUUAAUCAUUUAAUUAAUUAACAAGUAAUUAGUGAAUAUCUCUUCAGCCGUAUGAAGAAAAAAUCUAAAAAUUUCAUGAUAAACUCUAGGGAUCGAGCCACAUCUAUGAUAAAAUUUUCAGCAAGAUCGGACUCAAAAACUUUUCCUCAUAAAACUGAUCCUCUACAGAUCCUACCAAGCUCCACAAAGAAAACUUUUGUCUUAUUAUCAUCUUAAGAUCCUGAGGAAGAAUUCGUACCAUUUUAAAUUUGUUUUGAACUUUUCAUUCAAUUAUAAGAGCAUUUUUUCGUUUGCAUAUUUGUACUCAGUCACGUCGCUAACGAAAAGUAAAUCGAAUUUUUUGGAAAAUGUAUGCGUACUUCAAAAAAACUUCGGGUAGGGAUUUUACACCCUUAUGAGUCGUCUACAGAAUGUACUAUUUAGUUUUCAAAAAUGUUAUACUAGUUCGAAGCUUUUUUAAAUUGAAAUGCAUGAAGUGGAAGUUGAUGUCCUUUUUUGUGUCACGUCGCUAACGCUAGUUUUGUAGUAAUAACUCUUCUCCAUAAAAGCCUCUUGGGCUGAUUUUUUCAGAGUAUCUAGAGUAACUUACCUUACACAUAACAUAUAAAAAUUAGCUCUUGGGAAGUUCAUCAUCCCAAGAUAUACGCGUUGCAAUUUUACGAAGUCAUGUCGCUAACAAAUGAUUUUGCUCAUAUGACCAACAAAUCAUUUAGUAAUUUAGUUAAAUUGACAGUGUCAUUUGAUCAAUAUAUUGAA